AUGAAUCCACCGUCAUUACAAAAUGAUGAACUUAACGGUGAAUAUGACAUCAAUCAUCAUAAUGGUAUCAAUACAGGUUUGCGUCCAGUUAUUCGGAGUUCUGGUUUACCAAAUUUAUCUCGACGUGGUCCUCGGUUAAUGACUCAUUCUUUGUCUGGAUUUCGUCUUCCACCUAAUCCGAAUUUACAAUUUUUAAAUCAAAAAUCUAAUUCCAACCAAACAGUUGCAUCUACAAAUUCACAAGAUAAUAAUACUAUGUCAGAAAAUAAAAUACAAAAUAUUUCAGCUGAUCAAAACACUAAUGGAAAUGCUAAUUUAGAAUCGGCCAAUAUUUCCGCCAGUAUGCAAGCUUCAGUGGACCGGUUAUUUUCACUACAUGGUCAAAUGUCAUCUACUUCAACAGAUAUGAAUAGUUCUAUGGCAGAUCAUCAUGAACAUAACAUAUCCACAACAGUACGAAAUUCAAUGUUAUUAUCUCGUUCUACUGCUCUAACAGGAGGUCAAAUGCAAUCAAUUACAGAAGAAUCGCCUCAUUCAUCAUUUGAUCCUGUUACUAAUGAUCGUUUGGUAGUGAAACAAUCUGUCAGUGUUGAUGAUACUACCAGUCAUCGGAAAUCUCCAUCAUCUUCAUCACCAUGUAAUAGAACAAUGUCUGGCAGUUUAUCACCUAAAGAGAUGGUUGCAUCAAUGCAAAGUUCAAUUAUCAUCGAUAUAGAAAGUGAUAAAGAUGGUCAUAAACUCGGUUCACAUGCUGGUGAUUUAUUGCAUGAAUUUCAAAAACGUCGUAUUGAUAGAGAAAAUUCUCAAGUGCUCGAUACUACUACCGGUGCUAAUGGCGAAGAUCAAUCAUGUCCAGUUACACCUAUCAUUAGUCAAGCUACAAAAAAUCCUACUCAGCUGUCUGAAACUAUUGAACCUAAUUUAAAUGAAAAACCAUCUAUAGUUAAUUCUUCCUCACAACCACAGGCACAACGUACUGACAUGGAUAGACCAUGUAAACUUAAUGGUGAAGUGUCGGACACCUCUGAUACCAGUCCUCAAACUCCACGUUACAUACCUGUAACAAUUUUAGAAGAUAGUCAACCAAUACGUUGUAUUGCAUUUCAUCCAUCUGGACGAUUAUAUGCUGUCGGUUCGAAUAGUAAAUUUUUACGUGUAUGCCAAUAUCCUAGUUUACAGCACCUUAGUGCUAAUCAUGUAGCUACUUCUCCAGUAGUUCUAAUGAGGCGUCAAAAAUACCACAAAGGUAGUAUAUAUUGUGUUGCUUGGAGUCCAGAUGGUCGUAUUAUCGCAACAGGAAGUAACGACACUACAAUUCGCCUACUUCAAAUGGAUCCAACAACUGGCAUACCAGAUGCUGCUUGUGGUGAUCCAGAAAUUGCAAGUACCGCUGGACAAGCCAUUGAACUAAGAUAUCAUGAUGGUACAGUACGAGAUAUUGCAUUUCUAUUAGGAAGUUAUCCAUGUUCGGAUACAAUUACAAGUACACCAAGUAGUCAUUUACUAAGUGCUGGUGCAGGCGAUUCUCGUAUUUAUCUUGUUGAUUGUAAUCGAGCCCAAACAUUUGAUCUAUCUACACCGAAGUCCACUCCACCUAAUUAUGUUGUACGUUCAAUGUCUGGGCACACAGCUGCAGUUUAUUCAUUAUCUGUAUGGAGUCCUGGUUCAUUGUUCGUUUCUGGUAGUGCAGAUGCUACUGCACGUUUAUGGGAUUUACGAGCUCCAGCUCCUGUGUUAAUUGUUCCAUCUUAUUCAGGUUCACAAGGCAGUGCAUUUGCUUCAGUUACUGUUGAGCCGAAUUGUAAUUUACUCGCUAGCGGACAUGAGGAUUCAACAAUAUCAUUAUUUGAUCUACGUGGUGCUCGUUAUAUCAAUGCAUACAGACCACAUUCAAAUGAAGUGCGUAGUGUACGAUUCUCACCAACUGCUUAUUACCUACUAUCAGCUAGUUAUGACAAACGUGUUAUAUUAACCGACUUUCAUGGUGAUUUAUCUCAACCAUUGCCUUGUGUUCAAUUAGCUGAGCAUACGGAUAAAAUUAUACAAGCACGUUGGCAUCCUAAUCAAUUAUCAUUCAUUACCUCAAGUGCAGAUAAGAGUGUUAUUUCAUGGGCAUUACCCACUGUGUGA